AUGCCCGUCUGGGCUCGUCGUCUAUUGCUCGCCCUGGCCAUUGCUGCUUGUUGCUUGACUACACGCGCAUACGCAGCGUGGAGCCUGCUACCACAGAAGCGAUUCCGAUUCCAGGGUCUCAUCGAUGCCGGCGUACUCGGCCUCUACGAUGUUGGGUCGGGCAUCGUAGCAUGGGGGGAUUGGAAUGGCGAUCAAUACCUAGACGCCUUCACCUUGUCAGACGAUAGGAAGACGCUGUCCCUCACCCUCUGGGAUCACACAGACUUUGCCUUCUCCUCUCAUCCACUCUUUGCCAUUUCGCCAGCUAGCGGCGAUCCAAUCAUCAACGUCGUGCCCGCCGAUUUCAACAAGGAUGGCCGCCUCGAUGUCCUCGUCAAGACCCAAGCCACCAACUCUGAUCAGCUCAAGAUGGAGCUUUGGCUUGGACGAAGCAUACAAGAUGGCGCCAUCGAAUCCAAGCCCCUCCAAGUCCCACCUUCGACGCUCGCACAGCCACUCGUCGUCGAUGCGACCGGUGACAUGGAGAUCGACUUGCUUGGACUGCCCUACAAUUCAUCUUCAUCCCUGCAGAUGUGGCGCAACUCUUUGUCUGCUACCAAUACGACGGCUGCCUUUGAGGUACAACGCGGUCCUUUCCUGUCGUCGUCGGAUGGCGGCGAGGAGCCUUGUCAGCUGGCAGACCCUCACAGCUCAGCAUUCGUAGACAUCGAUGGAGAUUGCUUAGCAGACCUCUUCCUCGUAUGCGCCCCCUCAUCCAAGGGAAGCAGGCAGCGAUACCAGAUCUGGAUCGCCGUCAAGCCGACUGACAAGGCAGAGGGAGGCUUCACCUUUUCGCGUUCAGGUCAACUCCCUCUCGGCGCUGGCCCCCUCUCCUUCGCAGACAUGAAUCGGGAUGGUACAACAGAUGUAGUCUUUGCCUCGUGCGACUCCAAAGACUGCUACGUCAAUGUCGUUUACAACCGUCAGAUGGCAUUGUGCGAUAAGAAGGUCACAGCAGCUGGAGGUGCCGCCUUCGACAAGACGCAAGGGUGGGCAGAUUGGCUUACUGGCGGGCACUACGACGACGUCGUCAGCAGCCGCAGAUGUAGAAGAACAGAGGCACUUUGUGUGGCAGAUGACGAGUUCUCCUUUGACUUUGACGGGCAGAAUGGAACAAAGGCCCUCCUCCAAGUCCCAUUUUCGACACUCUUGCCUGGCCACAAGCCACUCUUUGAAGACGCCUUGACGGCCAACGGCGCCAAAUCGCAACCUGUUUCCCUCGUUGUAGGAGACUUUGACAAGAAUGGCUACCCAGACCUUCUCGUGCUGACGAUCCCGCCUGGCCAGCCGUCCGACGGGACAGGCAAGACGGCAGUCAACGUUCUCCGCAAUGUUCGCUGCUCAGCCGUCAACUCCAAUAUCAAGGAGGCGCAGUCAGCCUGCAAGGAAGAUGACGAGGCGAGGUGGUAUUCUGUCAUCACCGAAGGCGCCGAGGUAUUAGCCAACAUCGACGAUGCUCGAGCGGCCAGCUGGGUCGACGUGGACGAAGACGGGUCGCUCGAUCUCAUGCUCCUCCGUGGCCGUCGCCAAGAUCGUGGUGUGCGAUCCGUGACCUUCGUCCAGAACAAUUACUUCUACGACGCCUUCUUCCUUAAGGCCCUCACCCUCAACGGCGCUUGCUCGUCCUUCUGUGAGCCUGCACAGGGCCCCAAGUUUCGUCCCUGGGGCGCCUUCCUGCCAGGCGCAUCGUACAAGUUCACCGUCUUGGACCCAAAUGGCAAUCGUCGAGCCCAGCAGGUCGGACAAUGCUCGCAGAGCUCGUAUCGUCCGCUCCUCACGCCCUACUCGUACUUUGGGUUGGGCAGGACAAACAACUACGUCGAGUCGAUGCUGGUCGGAUCUACGCUACACGCGCCUCAACACUUUCUCUCCAUGGAAGGGGUCAUCCCCAAUUCGCAAGUCAUCAUCUCGCCUUACGCAGACGACAAGGACGACGUUGACCCUUCGAGGUGGAAGAGGGAGCUUUACCUGCAGCCGGGCGACUGGAUCCCCGCUGUGACUGCGACGCUGGUCAGUCUCAUCGUUGCGCUGUGCGGCUUCGUCUAUUUCCGCCAUCAGCAGGAGAGGCGGCAAGAUGAGGCCGAGAGGAAAAAGGGGGUCAUGGCUCUCAAUUUCGAUGCCUUGUAGCGCGGGAGGAAGCAGCGGCCAAUGAAAUGUUACGACGACUCUUGACUCUUGGAGCUUCCCCAUCCGCCUGGCAGAUUGACGACGAUGGGCUCGCCCGCGCCUGCUCUUACAAUGACCCACUCGACCUCCUCGUCUCCAUCGUUGACUUCCUGGUGCAGCGUGGCGUGCAAGAGAGCGGGUGCC